AUGUGUCCCAGCCUCUCCCCCGACAUCCAACAGGCUGAUGAUGCCAGGAAAACAGCUGUCAUCGACAGAGAGCUCUCUCGGCUAGGUGUAGACAUUGCAUGCUUGCAGGAGACGAGGCUUGCAGACAGUGGCUCCCUCAGAGAAGAGAGCUACACCUUCUUCUGGAAAGCCACCAUCAUCAGUGUGUACGCGCCCACACUGUUCUCUACCCCUGAGGAUAAGGACCAGUUCUAUGGUGCCCUGGAUGAUAUCAUAUCCCGAACCCCCAGCACUGACACGCUUUACCUCCUUGGCGACUUCAACGCCAGAGUGGGAGCUGACCACGAGGCUUGGCUCUCCUGUCUCGGUGCCUACAGACGCGGGAAGAUAAAUGACAAUGGCCAGCGUCUGCUAGAGCUGUGCUGCUACCACGCCCUUUGCGUCACCAACACCUUCUUCCCGUGCAAAAAAAUCCAUCAGGUCUCCUGGAGACAUCCUCGUUCACGCCACUGGCACCAGCUCGACUUGGUAUUGACCAGACGCAAGGACCUUGCCAGCGUCCUCCUCUCCCGUACCUACCACAGUGCUGACUGCGACACUGACCAUUCCCUCGUCGCCAGUAAGGUGCGCAUUGCCCCGAGGGAGAUACACCACAGCAAGAAGAGCAGACGGCCACGCGUCAACACCUGCAAUGCCACAAACCCCUUUAAGAUGCAGGGCUUCCUGAACCUUCUCAACGUGACCCUAGCAAGGGAGAUGUCUGAAGACGACACCACAGACCUCAUCUGGUCCCACCUGCGGGACUCGAUCUACAGUGCAGCCAUCUCCGCUUACGGAAAAAAGGAACACAAAAACGCUGACUGGUUUGAGGCUCACUGGGACAGGAUGGAGCCUGUGGUCGAGGCUAAGAGGAAGACCCUUCUAGCCUACAAGAAUGCUCCAAACCCCACCACGCUUACUGCACUCAGGGUUGCCAGGAAAACAUCCCAGCAGACAGCUCGUCACUGCGCAAACACCUACUGGUUGAAUCUCUGCAGUAGAAUACAGCUUGCUGCAGACGUAGGAGAUGCAAGAGGGAUGUACGAGGGCAUCAAGAAGGUGACAGGUCCAGCGCCCAGUAAGUCCGCUCCCCUCAAGACCAAGACAGGCGACGUGAUCACCGACCAAGGCAAGCAGCUAGAACGAUGGGUUGAGCACUACCUGGAGCUGUACGCCACGCAGAAUGUUGUCACUGAUGCUGCCCUUGUCGACACCCCCGACCUGCCUGUGAUGGAGGAACUUGAUGCACUGCCCACAAAGGAGGAGCUCAGCAAAGCCAUCAGCAAUCUCUCAAGCGGAAAGGCCCCAGGGAUUGACAGCAAUCCAGCAGAGGUCCUAAAGAGUGGGAAACCUGCACUACUCCAGCCCCUGCACACCCUUCUCUGCAAAUGUUGGGAGAAAGGAUACAUCCCUCAGGACAUGCGUGAUGCGAACAUUGUCACCCUGUACAAAAACAAGGGUGACAAAAGCGACUGCAACAACUAUCGAGGUAUCUCUCUCCUGAGCAUUGUGGGGAAGGUCUUCGCACAAGUCACCCUUGCCCGCUUAUAG